AUGUUAUUGGAAUUGCAAAAACUGGAAAUGAAAAACUUUGGCAUUUCUAUUCCAACGUUUAGACAUAUUUUUGUUCAACAACCAUUGGAAGAUAUGGAUUGGCCUAUCGCUUUAUUCAUGUCCCCAACAAGAGAACUUGCUUUACAAACAUGGAAAGAAGCAAGUAAAUUUGCUAGAAAUUUGGGAAUACGUGUUGUUUGUGUUUAUGGAGGUGUUGCAAUAUUUGGACAAAUUGCGGAAUUAAAAAAAGGGAGCUGA